AUGGGUGGUCCACACGGCAAGGCAUACAUGGGCUGGUGGGGGUCUAUGGGCUCCCCCAAGCAGAAGUACAUUACCUCGUACGCGGUCUCUCCGUACGCGCAGAAGCCGCUUGCGGGCAUCUUCCACAACGCGGUGUUCAACACCUUCCGGCGCGUGCGCGCGCAGGCGCUGUACGUGAUCAUCCCGUUCGGGCUGUACUACGCCUGGUGGGCGAACUGCAGGGACUACAACGAGUUUCUGUACACCAAAGCCGGCCGCGAGGAGCUCGAGCGCGUCAACAACUAG